GCUAGUCCCCCUCACCUCUUACACUGUAGUUUCGCACGCUCCCACUUACUAUAGAGUCAGUUUAUCACUUCUAAAAACAAAUACCCACUUCCUGAUUUCUCUGUUUCUGUUUCAUUCUCUUAGAAUUCGGAUGAAACAUAGCAACAAUGGGGAUCUCCGACACUCCGUUUUCUCCACGUAAUCUCUUGUGCCAAGAAAACCCAGAUGCUUGCUUUAAAGAACAACAGCAAGAAGAAAAAGAGGAUGACCCAUGUUUGUUUCCAGAGAGUGAAGAUGAGUACUAUAUUCAAUGCUUGCUUCAGAGAGAAACUAUUGCUUUUGGAUCCAAAAGCUGCUGUGCUGGUUUCUCCAACACAACCUCAUCCUCGUUGAAGCGUGUUCGUUUGGAUUGCAUUGAGUGGAUUUUCAAUACUCGGGCAUCGUUGGAUUUCCGAUUCCUUACUGCUUAUUUGUCCGUGACUUACUUUGAUCGGUUUUUUUCAAAGAAACCCCUUGGUGAUUGGAUGAUUUGGGCUAUUCGAUUAUUAUCCCUGGCAUGUUUAUCUUUGGCAGCAAAAAUGGAGCAAUCUACAGUGACGCCACUAUCGGCAUAUAAGUUACAAGAAUAUGAUUUUAACAACCAGCAGAUUCAGAGAGCAGAGCUAUUGGUUUUGAGUACUUUGGAAUGGAAAAUGGGUUCAAUUACUCCUUUUUCUUAUAUGAAUUACUUCAUCAAUAAGUUCUGUGGGGAAUCUAAACCGGAAGGAUUGUGGUCUAGAGUUGCGGAACUUUUUAUGGCUGUCACAAAAGAGAUUAAUUUAAUGGAUCAUCGACCAUCUAUUAUAGCGGCAGCUGCAGUGUUAGUAGCAAUCGAUGCUCAACUAACAAAAGAAGCAGUGGAACUCAGGAUAAGACCGAUUGCAUUGUGGGGGUCUCAAGAAAAUGAACAUAUUUUUUCCUGUUACAAUAUGAUGCAGGACAUAGAGAAGCGAAUAGUUAAGACACCCGCAUCAGUCUUUCCCCCGCAUUCUGCUGCUGGCACUAGAAGAAGACUUAAUUUCAAUGAGCAACAUUGCCCGGUAAAGAGAAUCCACCGGUCAUAGAUAGCGAAAUUGAUCUUCCUAGCAAAAAUUGAUUUGUGUUUUUUUGAUUGCUUUAUAGGGAUGUUUAGACUGAGAGUUGAUUCUUGAUAUUAGAUUGUAUACAAGUGUCAUGAGUGUUUCUACCAACUCAUGGUAUGAUUUGGAAUCGAUGAUUGGGAUUCCAUUUUCCAACAAAAAAAAAAAAAUUACCCAACAAAAGUUUUUGCCAGUGACAAAAGAAGAUAGAGAAAAAGAGAAGUAAAUACAUAAAAAGAAAUAACUUUAGCCUAUACAGUAAGAAGUGAGAAGCUGACUGUGAAGUGUGAAUGUCCAGAGGCCAUUAAGGAUGAAGUGAAGACCAAGAGAGUGCCAGAAGGCCAUUGAAGACUGUUUGCCUAUAGUGAUUCUCAGUAGUGUUUGCUUUCUUGAAUGUUAUACCACUUUCUUGCCAACUUUUUUUUUUCAAUUGGUUGUAUUUUUUUUUCCACUCUUUUCUCCCUUUUUUGUUAUGACAGGAAAUUUUUUUUGUAUACAUCACUUGCCACCCUACCUUUUGAUGGGGGGCUCGGGAUGCUCCUAUGUCUUUCAAAAGGCUAAAAGCCAUAAGGAAUGAGGAAUUGUUUUUGGUUGAUUUG